AGACAAAUCCUGCUGAUACCCAACGCCUUUAAGAGCCUACCUUUCCUAUCCUAAUCUACAGAGGAAACAGGAAAAAGGAACUUAAAACUCCCUGUGCUCAGACAGAAACACAAAAGCUUGCUCUCUUGCUCACUGCGGUCUUACGAUCAACUUGUCCUGCCUGGUGAGCAAGAAUUACUGUACAAUGCAAGUACAGAACAAGAACCAAGAGUUCUCCUACUGAAAGGACGUCUGUUAUUCCACGAACGGCAGUGCAAACUGAAUGGAUAUACUGGGCAAAGUGUGGACUUUUCCAGCACUUCCAGUUCUUUUGGGAUUCAGUCUUCUGCUUUCAGGUAACGUAGAAGCGGCCUUUGACUUGAUCCUGAUCAAUUCACUCCCAGCUGUGGCUGAUUUGGAGACAUCCCUGAUCUGCAUCACAUCUCGAUGGUGUUCCCUGGACUCUAUCAAAAUUGCCCGAGACUAUGAUGCCCUGAUGAACCAGCAUCAAUAUCCCCUGGCAGUAGUUGAAGAUGAGACAAGAGGGAUCACCAAGAAGGUAGUAUGGCAAAGAGAAAAGUCUGGUGAAAGCAUUGGUGCAUACUACUGUGAAGGCAAAUUCAGAGAUAAAGUGAAGAGGAUACAUACAAUGAAGAUGCAGCAAACAGCUUCAUUUCUUCCAGUGGCCUUAACUAUUACAGCGAACAAGGGAGAAGAUGUCAGCAUUCCCUUUGUCAGAAAGGUCGUUAAGGAGGAAGACGCAGUCAUCUACAAAAAUGGUACUUUCAUAUAUUCUGUCCUCAGGCAUGAAGUUCCAGAAUUGCUGAAAGUGCCUCUUUCUGGGGUCAGCCUUCAAGAUGCAGGGGUUUACUCUGCCAGAUACAUAGGAGGAAGCCAUUUCACUGCAGCCUACACAAGGCUCAUUGUACGAAGGUGUGAAGCUGGCAAAUGGGGACCUGAGUGUAAUUCUCCUUGUCCAGCGUGCAAGAACAAUGGGGCCUGCCACGAAGAUAGUGGGGAAUGCAUUUGCCCACCAGGUUUUAUGGGGAAAACAUGUGAGAAGGCUUGCGCAGAGAAUACAUUUGGGAGGGCUUGCCAAGAGCAGUGUAAAGAAAAAUCAGGCUGUAAAUCUUUUGUGUUUUGCCUGCCUGACCCAUAUGGCUGUUCAUGUGCUUCAGGAUGGAAGGGACUCCAGUGUGAUGAAGCUUGUGAGCCAGGCUCUUAUGGGCCAGAUUGUAAACUGAAGUGUACCAACAACUGCAAUAACCGGGGAACCUGCAACAGCUUUAAGGGCUGCCUCUGCCAGUCGGGGUGGCACGGUCUGCAUUGUGAAAAAGAAGGAACAGCUGAUGAAUCACCAAGGAUAGAAAACUUGCCUGAUGCAGUGGAACUCAACCAUGGCUCCGUUUUUAAAUCUAGCUGCAUAGUUACUGGCAAACCACUUCCUACACAAGAAGAAAUCAAACUCAUAAAGAAAGAUGGAACUGUUCUCAAGCCUGUCACAGUGGCCAACAGAAGGAAUCAGUCAGAUGCUACAGAAGCUACAUUUCAGGUUGAAAAUGCCCAACCUUCUGAUUCUGGAAUGUGGGUCUAUGUUGUUGAAACGAUAGCAGGGAUGACAGAAAAACCUCUACAAGUCACAGUUAAAGUUCUCCCAUUGCCUGAAAAAGCUCCAGCCUUGGUAGAGAGAGGACAUAAUUUUCUCAUCAUUAAGACAAACGCUGAGCCAUAUUCUGGGGAUGGACCAAUUGUAUCAACCCAGCUUCUCUACAGAAGUGCCAAAUUGCAGUGGACAUCAGUGGAAGUAACUGAAGAGAUCUGGAAAUUGAGCAAUCUGGAACCAAAAACAGAAUACACACUCUGUGUCCGGCUGACUCGCAGAGGAGAGCAGGGAGCAGGACAUCCUGGGCCACAGGCCAGUUUCUCUACAGCUGCUCUUGGGCUCCCUCCACCCAGAGGCCUCGCUCUUGUUCCUAAAAGCCCCACAUCUCUGCACUUGUCGUGGCAGCCAGUGGCUCAACACUUGGAAGACAAUGUCGAAAUUGAAGUAGAAAGGAAGAGUGUACAUGAUAUGGAUGGAGAGAGCGCCAUUGUCAUUCGACUGCCUGGAAAUCAGUCUUCUCUGAUCAUGGACAAUUUAAAGCCUAGACACCAAUAUGUGUGCCGAGUCCGUGUAAACAGCAAAUCUGAGGGAGAAUGGAGUGACAAUCUUUAUGCAUGGACCUUCAGUGACCGGUUCCCCCCUUCACCUGAUAACAUCAAGAUUAUGAACAUCACAGACUCCUCUGCUAUCAUUUCUUGGUCCACUGCUGAAGGACAUUCCAUCUCCUCCAUCAUCCUCAGCUAUAAAAUAUAUGGAAAGACUGAAUACAACCACAUAGAUGUCACAAUCAAAAACACCACUAUUACCCAGUACCACCUCAAGGGUCUUGAACCAAACACCGAAUAUACAGUUCAAAUAAGAGCUCAGAACAAUGUAGGGACAAGUAUCACAAACCCUUCUUAUGAGAUGAAGACUCUUCCAGAAUCUAAAGUUCUACAUGAGUCAAAAGGAAGCAGAAUGUUGCUGAUUGCUAUCCUGGGCUCAGCAGGGAUGACCUGCCUGACCAUACUGCUGGCUUUUUUCAUCAUGCUCCAGCUGAAGCGUGCAAACUUCCAGCGGAGAAUGGCUCAGGCCUUCCAAAACGUGGUGAGAGAUGAGCCAGCUGUACAUUUCAAUUCAGGGACUCUUACUCUGAGCCGGAAAGCCAAAAACAGCCCAGAACCCACAAUUUACCCAGUUCUGGAGUGGAAUGACAUUAAAUUUCAAGAUGUGAUUGGAGAGGGCAACUUUGGCCAAGUCCUUAAAGCACGAAUUAAGAAAGAUGGGUUGCGAAUGGAUGCAGCUAUCAAAAGGAUGAAGGAAUAUGCUUCCAAGGACGAUCACAGAGAUUUUGCUGGAGAACUGGAAGUACUUUGUAAGCUUGGACAUCAUUCGAAUAUCAUAAACCUUUUGGGAGCAUGUGAACACCGAGGCUAUCUCUACCUUGCCAUUGAAUAUGCCCCCCAUGGAAACCUGCUGGACUUCCUUCGAAAAAGCCGAGUCCUUGAGACUGACCCAGCCUUCGCCAUUGCCAACAGCACUGCUUCCACGCUCUCCUCCCAGCAGCUCCUGCACUUUGCAGCUGAUGUGGCCAGAGGAAUGGACUACCUAAGCCAAAAACAGUUUAUCCACCGUGACCUGGCAGCAAGAAACAUCUUGGUUGGAGAAAACUACGUUGCAAAGAUAGCUGACUUUGGACUGUCUAGAGGCCAAGAGGUUUAUGUCAAAAAGACCAUGGGAAGGCUUCCAGUGCGAUGGAUGGCAAUUGAGUCCCUAAACUACAGUGUGUAUACCACAAACAGUGACGUGUGGUCAUAUGGUGUGCUGUUGUGGGAAAUAGUUAGCUUAGGUGGAACACCAUACUGUGGGAUGACUUGUGCAGAGCUGUAUGAGAAAUUGCCUCAAGGGUACAGACUGGAGAAGCCUCUCAACUGCGAUGACGAGGUUUUUGAUCUAAUGAGACAAUGCUGGAGAGAAAAGCCAUACGAGAGACCAUCGUUUGCCCAGAUACUUGUAUCCUUGAACAGGAUGUUGGAAGAAAGAAAGACUUACGUAAAUACAACGCUGUAUGAGAAAUUCACAUAUGCAGGCAUUGACUGUUCUGCUGAAGAAGCUGCUUGAAAGGGAAGAGCUUCAGUUAUUUAUCAGAUAACCAACCCAAGAUUUCGAUUUUCUGGGGAGAAGAAUGAGCUAUGAUGUAUGAAACGGCGUGUAGCGCUUACUGUACAGUAUCUUCUAGCUAUACACAUACCUUGUGAGUGUAUGCUGUACCGAAUUCUGCCUCAGUAUGAUGGAGGAAUGUAUGUAUACUAGAGAUGGGCACGUACCGAAAAAAGUGCCAAUUCAUCGUUAUUCAUCAAGUUUGACAAAUCAAAAAUCACGAAUUUAUGAUUUUUUGACAAAUCAAUGAAUCGUUUUGUCUUUACUUAGGGUGGAGUUCCACCUCAUUGGCAGGUUUGUCAGGAGAACAUGUGUCUCCUGCCCCAACUCCUCCUGUCCCUCAUGCAGCUGGCAGGCAGCUUUCAGACUGUGUGAGAAACGGCCCACCAGUUGGCAGCAUUGCUCCCGGAGUGUUCGUGUCUCCCAGGUGCCUGCAGCCCAUUCAGGUUUGAUGUGGCUCCCCAGGCCAAUGGCAUCUCUCACAGCAAGAUGUAACUUGUGCACCAUGUACACUCUGCCCUCGAAGCCCACCACAUUC